GUUAAGGGGGCGUAUGUACUGAGAGUUCUUAUGUAAACGGUAGGUACGUGUUGCUCUGGAUGUUGGUAGGAACUUAAGAGAUGUCUAGGUAAAUAGUGUUUAGGGCUGUAGAUUAAGUACAUGUAUAAGUAUUUAAUACGGUGCCUAGGUCAGCAAUGCAGUUGCUGCUAAAGGGCUUUAAUACGCGCCCCGGGACGGCUUACUGCAAGGGACAGCCUACCUCGCGCUCGGAGGCGCAGCCUCGUGACGGCUCUGUCUCGAGCCGUCCAGUAGGACGCGGCGUUCUCUGCUACCUCUCCUUCCACAUUUUUCUCUCUUUUUUCUUCUAAACAACACUCGGCAGCGUAUGGAGCUUUGGUGUGUCUGAUUUUUACAGGAUCUUGCUUAAGUGACGGUCGCAUUUUGAGGAACGCCAACACUUUUUGCGUUGAAGGGCUUCUGUUUCCUGGUCCUCAAAGGAAUGGGGGAUAUUGUUGAACUGAAGUCCUUUUUUUGGGGGAAGAAUGAAAGCAAUCUGCCUGGUGUCCAGAAACAAUGGCGGCCUCGUGGGAAGCCUUUCCUUCCUAGGAUUCCAGCAAACUCGGUGAUGGAAUCCUAGUUAAUUUCCAUGCGUUUAGACGAGAAGAGCGCCACCAGAGUGGAGCGGUGUAUUUUCUUAAAUUUGCAUCGCAUCACAGCUGACCGAGGCUGAAGAACCUCCCUGUUCACAUGACAUCAGGGAACAAGCUGAGACCACAGACCCUUGUUUCCCUCGCAGCCAUCAGCAUGCCAAAGACAACGAGCGAUCACCAGGAGCAGAGCAAUGACGUCAGCCCUCUGCCCCCACAAGAAUUGACAGAACCACCCAAGGAGGAGGACAGUCCCGGCCCCCCCUCCUUCAGAUAUCAGCUGAUUGACGAUCUUUCAUACGAAGACUUGAAAAAAUGCUACCGUGCAUCAACGGUGAGCAAAUACAAUUCUCAGUACCACAAGCUGUUCCAGACGGUGCCCAAGGAGGAGACCCUCAUGAAAGUGUACUCCUGUGCCCUUCUCAGGGACAUCCUCCUCCAGGGCCGCCUCUACAUCUCCAGGAACUGGCUCUGUUUCUAUGCCAACCUCUUUGGCAAGGACAUCAAGGUGGCCAUCCCAAUCGUCUCUGUGCACGUGGUGAAGAAGCACAAGACUGCUGGCCUGGUGCCCAACGGAUUGGCCAUCACCUCCGACACGGGUCAGAAGUAUGUGUUCGUGUCCCUAAUGUCCCGGGACAGCGUGUAUGAUGUGCUUCAGAAAAUCUGCACACACCUGCAGGUCAAUAGCAAGAAAAGCCUUGGUGUGAAGCAGUAUAUGGAGGAGCCCAGCUCAUUGUCAAUGGAUGAAUUUCCAACCCCGGACGAAUUCCCAGCGACGGAUGCGUUCCCAUCGGUCCUCCAGUGGAGGCGUAAGGCAUCGGUGGUGGCCACGUCGUCCUCUCUGCCCGACCUCCUGGGAAGCUCUUCCAGCAACCUCAGUGCCGUGGACGGCUCCUUCCAGGCCGACACGCCGCUGCAGGAGAGAGGUCUCAACAAGGAGAAGCCGCUUCUGGCUGAGCCCAUCCCAGAACUGGGUCAGAUGGAGUACCAGCUGCUCAGGUUGUUCAUCCUGCUUGGGGAUCGACAGAGAGGCUCGCAUCAUCAUCACCUUCCCUCUCCUGCCCCUUCUGUCCCUCAGCAUAAUCCUACUCGUUGUGUCCUCUUGCUACCUGGCCUUCCGCGUCUGCUGCCUGGAGCAGCAGCUCUCCUUCCUCAGUACGCACCCUAGCCUGCCUGUCAGAGAGAGGUAACUGCCAGUGUCCUGACUAGGGGGCAGGCCAUGACCAACACAAGUCACUGCUUCCCCCCUGCUGUCACCUCAAAACUCCAUCAACUGACUUAAUUUCUGUGUUGGGUUUGCACAAGACUGGAGCGAGCAUGGAAUAAAAACCAAUGGCUGGUUUGUCCAGAACAAGUAUUGUGAGGUAUGGAGGAAACCGAAGGAAAACAAACACACUGUGCAGUGUGUUCGACGGGCGGCAACAAACCUGAGCUGCUCUAGCAGCCCACCACAGGGGUGGAACGUCAGCAAGGCCUCACUCCUCUUCUCAAACCUUCAUCCUCCAAAUCUCCAGUGUCGCAGAGCUGGCCGACCAAGCACCGGCUUUCAUCCUUUACUUCUGUUCCACUCUUCUAAAGGACAUUAUCAGGGGUUCUCAUCCUACAGGCCAAACCUAUUUUAAUUCCUUAUUUUCCAUACAUAGCUCCACCAGUCUGGAGCAAAUUCUUUUUUUUUUAUGAGGGUUCCCCCCCCCCCAUAAAGCCAAACAACUGUCAGAGGAACACUCUCAUCCUAACAGAAAGCACUGUAAGCUGCAGCUGUAUUCACCCUCGAAAGACCCUCCAUAUCUCUUUAGAUUCCAGUGUAACCAUGACUCCUCCCACCCAACCACAGAUCGUCUGUCGCUGACUUGCAGGCAUUUGCCUAGCAAUAGGAUGCAUCGGAUUGUGCGACCAGGCCAGACUGUCAGUGGGCGGCACCUUGGUGGACGACAGCUGCCAUGUCUUCAUGCUAGUUUUGUGGUUUUGUUGACUAACCGCUUUUCUGGACUUUUCAGUGUUUGUCAUUAUAUGUCACUUCAGACAAGGAUUAAAAAAAAAAAAAACACCAACUCCUGAUAGCAGGUUUUCAUCGAUUCCUUUUCUGUGAAUCAUCAGUAGGCCAUGAUUAUACCUGUAACUUCAGGGGUUAAAGACCCCUGUUAGCAUUAAAAAUAUGUAUUUCAAAAGCCCGAUGUUUGCCUAGAAUAUCUGCACACUUGGUAAUGACAGGUAUUGUCUUAUUACUGUAUCUUUGCACAAAUUCUCCACUGUAUGGAAUAAAGACAUGGGAUGUAGCUCCCUUGUUGUAUAGAAGUCAACUUUCUUAUGUGGAGUGAACAUACGUGUAAUUGACUGAAUUAUGUAUAUAAAAGAGCAAAUCCAAGGCAAAUAGCAGGAUUGUGAUUGUGAAGUUGAAUUUGUUAGCCCGCAGAGGGGACUACAUGAAAUGUAGCACACAGAGUUCACAAAAAGGUUACUUCUGUGUUAUAUUUGUACUGGAGAAAAUUAAAAUGCAUAGUGGAAGUUCUUGAGCGUGAGUUUCAAAUUUCAGUUUGGGGUGUUACGGUAAAGACAAGGGUUUCAUUUUCAGUUGUCCAGUGGAAGUGCUGAUUGAGUAGAUGCACCUCUCCACUGGAUGCGAAGUGCCCAGUGGCCGUGUAGAGCGUUCUUAACUAUACUUGUAUUUAUUAUCAUGUGAUCUGAAAGUAGGGAGCGACAUGUCUCACUUUGCUUUAACCACCCCACUGCAGAAUGACCAUGCCAACCCAUCUGCUUAAUAAACAACUUGCUCAGCCCACA